UCUUCAGUGCUCUCCAACACAAGUUACUUCCAAAGAUGAGCGGGAAAGAUCCUCGUACUUUUAUCACCAAGCACAAUGCAGACGAUGUUGAAAGACUGACAAUACGGAUGAAAUAUGGCUUCAGUAACAGCCCCAAGUACAGACCAGCUGAGUAUGAGAAACUGCGGGCCAUACUGGAAGAGAAACGUCGCGAGUCUAAUCUAAUCGGACAAAAGGUUCAAAGGAGCUUGUGCGCCGCCAAGGUAACCAAGGAGAAGUCGAUCCUUCGCCAGCACAGGCAGGUGUGGAGCUCCGAGUGCCCCAGGCUGCAGAGCACAGUGAGGAAGAUGGAGGACAAAAUCCAGGACUUUCUGCAGGAAAUCAGACCGAGCGACAGAAAUGAUACAGCCAUUUUCUCCCUUCAAGAAUACGAGCUGAGUCUGGAGAGGGAGAGGGAGGCCUUCAGGAGGGCCACGGUGCUCCCUGUUCUUCAGCUCAGAGACGACCUGCUCUUCAGACUGAGUGAAGGACUGGACCAGACACUCAGCGCUGAUGAGUCCGGCUGGGAGCAAGUCAUGCAGCAGAUAAACUUCGUCAAAGAACAGCAGGCUGACAUCACCAGAAAACUUCAACAUGAGUACCGUGCGGUGGAGGCUGAAAUUACAGCUCUGGGCUUGGAGGUAUUUUUCCUGACAUUUUGUAUCAUAUAAUUUGCAAUUUACAUUUUGGAAUAUUUUCAAAUUCGUUUCAAAUUGCAGGAUAUGUUGAGAGGGUGUCUGGAUGCCGAGGUGAUGGAGGAUGUCCCCUGGGUGCUUGUGGAGGCAGACUGUCCGUACCCAGAGCUGAAACUGUCCCUGAUUGAAGCUUUCCAUUCACUGUCAGAGCGGUACAGAGGGAGACUGCAGAGCCUACAAGAGAAGAUGGAUCAGACUGACAGAUUUUGUGGUUGGCCUGAAGAAGACCACCUGCAGUUCACUUCUAUAGUCUCACAGUACACCCAGGACGUCCCCAACUACAAGAGUCUGUGUAUGGACAUGCUGCAGAGAGUGUUCCCCCAUAGAACAAGACAACAGCUGAUGGACCACGAGCGAAAGUGGAGCUGGCAGCACUUCACUCAGAGCCAGAGCAGAGCCGUGACCCAGCAGUGGCACAGGGACCGCGAGGAGCUGCUGGCCCGGGCCCUGGUCACCCUGCAGGAGGCCAAACACGCCCACCAGGAGGCGCUAGACCUCCACAGAGAUAGACAGCAGCAGAGGGACAUCUGCGCUCAGCUCCACGCCAAGUUGGAGCAGUGGCGGGCUCAGCAGGAGGAGGUGGCAAGGCUGGAAGCUGCCAUAGCUGCCAGACAAAGAGAGGCCGAGGAGCAGAGGGUGAAGAGGGAGAAAGAGAGACAAGCUGCCAUCAGAACGCACCAGAAAAAACAAGUGAAGGAGUUUUACCUGAAGCAGCAGAGGCAGAGGGAGGAGGUGGAGAGGAGAGAUCAGGAGAGACUGGCUAAUCUCAGAGCCCUAAUGGGGGAACAGGCCAAGAGAGAUAAAGAGAGGGUCGAGUUCAGGGCGGAGAUGCUGCAGCGGCGCCGGGAGGAGAGAGAGGAGCGAGAGGCCGAGCGACAGAGAGAGGAAGAGGAGAAAAACAAACGACUAGAAGCUCUGAGAAACCAGGUGGCAGUGGUGGCUGAGGCUGAUCCAGAGAGGUUAAUAUCAGACACAGAGGCCUCGAGGAGUCGCCACGUGAACGAAAGUGAUUUUGAACUUCAGCGACCUCUCUACAGCAUCCACACGUACACGGACACACAGAUUGUGUCAGAUCCAAGGGUACGGAUCGAGCAGGCCCUCAGACAGGCCGGUUUACACAGCACCAUGUACGCUAAAGAGAUUCUGUCCACCAUCCCACCGCCCAAACCUCCCCGAAAAGACACCAAAUCUGUCAUUAAACUUUGAGCUAAUGCUGUAAGACAUUUAUAUUUAUUCAUGGUAAAGGUGC